AUGGCGGUUUCGUCCAAGCUUUUCCCGGCCGCCGUCCUCCUCCUGCUUCUCCUCCUGGCCACAGAGAUGGGGCCUGUGCGGGAGGCCAUGGCGUGCGAGCACGCCCCGUGCAAGAAGUGCACCGGGUCGUGCUUCGACCCGGAGGAGUGCGCCAUCACGUGCCGGAACGAGGGCUACGACUCCGGCGACUGCACCGGCGGCGGAGCCUACCGUUGCACGUGCAGCAAGAAUUGCUAGCUAGCUAGUGCG